AUGCCUUCUUCUCCGAUUCUGAGGAUGGGAGUUGUGUCUUCCUCUCCAGGCUCAUCAUCGGCUCGUUCUUCGGAAGCACAAAAUAAAGCGGUCCAUGUGAUUGUUGAGGAGGAAGAUCAUCAUCAACAAGAACGACAUGAUAAAGAUCAUCAGCAUGAAUAUAUUGUCAUCAGCUCUCAAACCGAAGAGUAUGAAGAUGAUGAGGUUGUAGAGUCGGAAGUGGUGGUGAUGGAUCAUCAAGUUUCGGAACCACACAAACAUCACGUGAUUUCAUCUCCAAUUUUAAUUUCGGAAGAGAAUUUUAACUGCAACUCUAAUUUCGAUUUUGAAAACAACAUGUACCAUAUCUUAUAUUUUUGUAACACUCAUCAUUCUUCAAAGAAAGUUGGAUCUGACUCUACCGUAUCCACCAUUAAUUCUCCCCAUGCAACUUUUAAAAAACUUAAUUUUCGAAAUUUGUUAAAUGAUUACAUGAUACGGAAAAUGUACUGCUCCUCCUAUGUCCUUAUUGAAAAUUCAAAAGGUGAUAUCUAUGAAUGCACUCCAAUGACAACUUCCGAUAUUGGAUCAGAAUUACAAAAAUUGAAAAAGAUUAAUUUUCCAUUCAUACCAAGAGUUACAUCAGAGGGCAAAGGAGUUUCACGAUACUACAUCUCAGCGAGUAAUGAAAUUUGGAGCGCUCACGGUUCUUCAAAAUUCAACAAAGAGCCUAUUGAAAAGAUUCCGAAGAUAUUGAGAAUUUUUGUGGGCUAUGGUCAUUCUGCAUUAUUAUCUGAGAAGGGUAUCUUUUUAAAAUCAGCAAAUGCGUCUCAAUUUGCAUUUUUUGACAUUGGACCACUAGGGGAAAUGGAAAGGAUUGAGGACAUUCAAUUUGGGCUUCAACAUUUCGUUAUUUACAAAUCAAAUUUGGGAAAUACAAAUUUAGGAAAGUUAAUACUUUGUGGAAAUAAUGAUCUAGGUCAACUCGCUGCUGAAUCCAGAAUUUUAAAGGCGGAAAAGCCUAUUGUAAUCGAUUGGAGCAAGGGAAGAGUGAAAAAAAUCGAUUGUUUAAACUGUACUUGCGUGUUGACAGAGUCGGGAGAUUUAUAUGUGACAGGUGAAAAUGCACAUGGAGAACUUUCUGUCGGAGAUACAACAAAUCGCUUUGGGUUUGUGAAAGCGAACUCACCUUCUCCGCUCAUUGAUUUCGCUUGUGGAAAGCACAUUAUGGUUGCCUUGUCAACUUUGCACGAGCUUUUUGUUUGUGGAGAUAACAAAUGGAUGAAACUUGUUUUACACGGUACAGAAUGCCCGGAUAAAAUCACAGAAUUUAUCAAGAUCAAUAUACCUCGAGGAUUUAUCAUGAAUAACAUUUCAUGUAAAGAUGAUUGUGUCAUGUUAUAUAAUGCCUCUCAACACUACGAAGCAACUGUUUUGCAACACGGGCAAGCCAUAUUACGAAAGUUUCCUCAUGACCAUGUCAGCUCACUAGGUUGCCCAAUUUUUUUGCCCCUACUAGAAAAGAUGGCACCCAAACUGUGUCGCCUCAGUAUUGGCUCUUCAUUUUUACCUUUAUCGAGCAUGGCAGCAGACGAAAAGAGAAUGCUUAUACUUGUGGUUCAUUCAUUGCUUUAUAAUUGUCAGCAUGACUUGUAUUACUGCGAAAAUACCAAUGAUCUUGUCACUGCAUUAUAUAUUCUAAGUUUGAUCAAUGGAGAGUUACAAGAUAUGGCUAAUAUUCUUCUCGAUUCGAUUCAAAGGAGAAUUUCUUCUUGGAAUAUUUUACACUUACUAGAUACCGUUUGUGCAUAUUUGGAAAAGCUGAAGCAAUUCAUGAAAUCAUCUCAAGCUAAUAAUUUUAUUCAACUCAAAUACCUAGAAGCGUUACGAGAAUAUUUUCUUGACUGUAUCAAGUGCAAUGAGGACAAUGAAAAUUUUGACAAGAACAAGUUGCAAAAAUACCUGCCCAACCUUUGGCAACGAAAACCAAAAAACAAAAUUCAUGCAAUAAUUGGUGAUGCUAAAACCACGACGUUGAAGGAUGCUUUAGUUUCAUUGUUUUAUGAUCCAAUUCAUGCGGAUCUCGAAGUAUUUUUGACUCUGUCGAGCACGGUAAAGCUGCACAAAACUGUUCUAUUUUCUGGAAUGACCAAAUUACAGAAUAUUCUUGAGAAUUUGGACCCUAGUAUCAUGUCAGAAAAUGGUACGGAUUGUUCCAUUACAAAUUUAUUUUUCUUCCUGAUAUUUGAACCUAUUAAGGAGGGCAUUUCUCAAGGCGACCAUGAGAUGGCAGAGAAUGAAUUUGGAGAUUUGUGUCAACUGCUUUUGAAAUUUUGCUAUGGAAUUUUUGAAAGGCAAAGUAUUACAGAACGAAUGGUCAUUCCAUUGCUUCCAUGGCCAAUUAUUUGGGAAUGGAAUUAUUAA